GUUCUCACACAUGAUCCAGGACAAGGCCCUUCGCACCUCCUGGGCACGGAAAAUGAAGGAACGGCAGGAGAGGAAGAUCGUCCAGGACCUGGCACGGCAACUGCAGGAGGGGAAACAGAGAGAGAAAGAGGAGAAGAAACGGCGACGGGAGGAGAACCUGAAGCGGCGCCUGGAGAAUGAGCGGAAGGCGGAAAUUGUUCAAGUGAUCCGGAACCCGCUGAAGCUCAAGCGGGCGAAGAAGAAGCAGCUGCGGCGGGUUGAGAAGCGGGACACGCUGGCCCUGCUCCAGAAAACACCCGUGCGACGCAAACCAGCCAUGGAGUGAGAUGGGAGACAGGGCACCGCGAUGCCCAGCCUGGGAAGCUGGGAUUUCUGUGGGUCCCACUUCUCUCCGGGGGUGUUUCCUCGGCUCAGCGGGCAGGAGUUGCUGCCCGGGCCCUUGGGGUUGGACAGACAGCAGGACAAAGCUGGGGUGGGUGAUGCAACGCCGUGACCUGCAGGAACUGACUGUUGGAUCCCCCCUACCCUGCUCUGUGAAGCUGGGGUGUUGCUGAGGGCCUGGGGCUCGAAGAACUGCUUUGCCACCCCCCAAAUCUGCUUUUUCUUUACAAAAAUGAAUAGGAACUGACCCAGACUUGCCUCCCAACACUUCAGGGGGGUGCAGGUGGCUCCAGCGUGGGGCCUUCCCUCUGCCAAGACCAAUCUCACUCAGUCUUCCUGGGGUCACAGGGGCUCCUUUUCCUCAAAGAGGGGUCUCACCUCCCUGGGAAUGAGCUCUGGAUGGAGAGGACCCGUCUCUGCUGCGCUGCAGGGAUGGGAGGGGAGUGGGUGGUGCAGCACUGCCUCCUGUCACCCUUCUUUGGUGGGGGGCAGCACUGC